AAGCUCAGUUGUAGAUGGACGCUACGUUGGAGCUGUUGUGUCUCAGAUUGUUCAGGAGCACCACUUCCCACCUGCUUUAUCUCAAUACCAACCGAGUCCAGUCAAUCAACCCAUACUCAACAAAUACUUGAUUAGAAGAGGUUGGCUAUAUAGAUUUCCUCUCGACUUGCAAAUCCAACAGCAGUUUCUCUUUGCAACUGCGAUCGGUUGGACGUUGGAAAAUAGAGGGAAAACACCUGCAAUCCGGAAUGUCUACCACUCCUCCAACUCCGCCUGCUCCCACAGCUCCAGCUUCCACCGGCAAGGGUCUUCACUCCAGGGCGUACAAUGGACUAAUCAGCGCCUGUGACAAGUAUGUGCCCGCCAAGUUGCGACCCUUGUGGAUGCAUCCUGCAGGCCCAAAGACCAUAUUCUUCUGGGGUCCCAUCGUUAAGUGGAGCCUUGUUAUCGCGGGCAUCGGUGAUUUGACGCGUCCUGCGGACACGAUCUCACCCAACGGAUGCCUGGCUCUUGGGGCAACAAACCUGAUCUGGACGCGCUACUCCCUGGUGAUCAUUCCGAAGAACUAUAGCUUGUUCGCGGUGAAUCUCUUCGUGAGUCUGACUCAGCUCUUCCAACUGGGCCGGUUCUACCAUUACCAGUGGGAGCAGUCGAAGCUGGAGAAGAAUGGCGGCGAGCAGUGCCCGGCUAUAGAAGCUAGUUUGUAGUAGACCAAUUUGUGCAUUUUAAUAGAUUCAGUCCAAAUAAAAAAAACUAGUUUUAAA